GCCAAUCUCGCUUACAAGAAGGAUGCCUGGAUGGCAAGUAAUCCAGAGAAUCCGCGACGAAAAUCAUCCGCUCCCUCCUCUCUAUCAUCGUACAAUGUUCCCGCACCACAAAAUCCCUACACUCCAGUCUUCUCCUACCUGUCAUCAACUCCUGCUCAGAGCACCUCUCAGUCUGCAUUCUUUGUUGACUCUACUCCUAAGCCCGUGUCUCCUACAACUCCUAUCAACGAUUGGAACCUUCAUGAAGUCAUGCUUGGAGAUGCAGGUUAUGUACCAAGAGAUGAAAUUGCUAUGCGAGCUGUAGACGGAUUUACAGGUCUUGAGGCAUCGUCAGAAUCCGUAGUCACUAAACCUGAUCAUGAAGAAAAACCGAUGAAUGAUGCACCGACGUUUACGUCAAACAAUAAAAGAGCGCUGAGAUCUGUGGCAUCAAAUUCCGGCGAGUUGAAGAGACACCAAUGCACGAUCUUGCAGUUCACGUGGCCUUUCCAAGAUACUCCUGGAUGGUUUGUAGAUCUUCAAGAGCCACAGGAAGUUCAAGGCAUCAUUCUCUACACAGGAGCUCAUGGGAGAUCGGAACCUUAUCGAAACAUGAUAGUUCAAAGUCUGCUGGGCACUUCUGAAUUGAUGCUUCGCAUGAAUAAUUUGGAGAGAAUAGCUAUUUAUGUUGAAGGACACACAGUUCCAGGCGGCCGUCAACUUUGUGGACAUGUCACCCGGCUAAAUGACGCUGUCUUUGCGCCAAAACUCCAUAUUGCUUGCCAUCAACCGAUCACUGGACGGUAUGUAAUUGUAGAGGCUUAUGGACUUCGAUCAACUUGGCCAAAAGAUUACUUGGCAGCACUUUGUGAAGUACAAGUCUAUUAG